GUGAUGCAGUGCCCUAGAAGAGCACCUCCCUCAGGAAGUAGCAGCUGCCCAGGGGAACACUGACAAUUCUGCAGCAGAGGAUGCCAAAGACAACCAUGGAGAAGGAGGAGCAGCUGGGAGCAUGGCCGGCACAGGCAUGUGGCUUCGCUGUGUCAGCUUCCCUGAGCAGGGAUGCAGGGAGAGACCACCAGCAACAAGCAGCACAGCAGGAGCCACCAGGGCUGUCGGUGUACAUUGAGUGCUACCAAAGCACUACAUGGCUGUGGGGGCACAAGAAGCAGGGGCCUUUUGUGAGGGAGGUCAUCGUGUCCUUUAAGAGGAGCCCUCCCGAGGACGUGGACGGGAGCUGCCCAGCCAGAAGCACAAGCAGACAGGCCUCCCUCUGGAAAGCCACCCAGCCACAGCAGCAGGAUGGCCUGGAGGACAGGGAGGUACAACAGCCAGAAAGCCAAGGACAGGGUUUGUCUCUGAGAUGCUCGGGGGGACUGGAUGACACACCUGGGCAGCAGGUGAUGCAGGAGCAGCUGGGAGCCCAAGCUCCAAUCAUCAGGGCAGUGGCCUUGAUCAGGGAACAGGAGCGUGAAACUGCCACUGAUGCAGAGCUGUCUGAGGAAGAGGAAUGGGCAGAUGCCAUGGACACAGAGCUCUCAGAGGAAGAGGAAUGGGAAAAUGCCGUUGACAUUGAGAUGUCAGAGGAGGAGGAAUGGCAAGAUGCAACAGACACAGAGCUGUCCCAAGGAACAGAUGCUGUUGGGUCACCUCCUGUCCAACACUGGGUCAGUUCCUUGGGUCUGGAGGACAACACUGAUCCCAGGGAGGGUCCCAGCUUCUCUAUCAGUGUGGAUAGAGAGGCUGCAGGAGAAGCAGCUGACAAACUGCUGAGAGCGUCUCCUGCCCCAGUGCAUCCAGCAGAUGUGCAGCUGGCUGAUUUUGCCCCACUUGUAGCUUCCGUGGGACACUGUACACCUCUCAAACAUGAGAAGGCAGAGCCACCAGCUUCUUCUGCCCCCAUGGAGGCUGCAAGAGCAGCAGGGACAGAGAAUGAGGCACCUGCUCCACAUGGGCCCACAGCUGAUGGCCCCGCUCAGCUGGACAAAGCCGAGUCCAUGGAGGCUGAGGGCCUGGACAAGAGCGUCCUUGUAGUCCAAGAACUUGACGAGCCACAAAGAGAAAUGUGGGGCCAGGAACAAAGCGAGAACAAGGUGACAGGACACAAAGCCACAGCAGAAGGGGCAGAGAAUCUGGAAGCUGGCCUGCAGAGCCCCACAACCGAUGCUCCGCUACUGCUGGACUCAGCUGAUUACACCAGAACUGAGAUUGUUAAGAGGGCCUGGCUUAUGAUCCAGGAACCUGUCCAGGAGCUAGAAGAAGAGUGGGAGCAGAAAGGAAGCAUGGAUGAGGCAACAACAGCAACAGCCAAAACAGAGGGGCCAGAGAGCCUAGCACAUACCCCACACAGCCCCACAGUCGAUACCCCUCUGCUGGACAUGGCUGACUACAUCAGGACUGACAUUGUUAAGAGGGCCUGGCUUAUGAUCCAGGAACCUGUCCAGCAGCCAGAAGAAAAGUGGGAGAGGGAAGGAAGCAGGAAUAAGGUGAUGACAGCAACAGCCAGAACAGAGGAGGCAGAGAGUCCAGCACAUGCCCCACACAGUCCCACAGUCAAUAACCCACGAGUGUUGGACAUGGCCAAGUACUUCAGAGCUGAAAUUGUAAAGAAGGCCCAUCAUUUGGUCCAGAGACCUUUCCAAGAGGUGAAGGAGCAGCAGGACUGGAAACAAAGCCCAGAUGAAGUGAUUGCAAGACCUGCAGGAUGUGCCUACAGACUUUUUGCCUCUACUGUCAUCAACACCCCACCUCAUGAGGGUUGGCUGAACCAUGCCCUCAAACUGCACCACAGGAGAGAGGCAGAAGCAGGAGCCAACAGCCGAUGCCACAGAUCUGCUGGACAUGGCCCAGGAGAUCAGAAAUGAGACACUGCACAAGGCUGUGCACAUGGUCCAAGGAUUCUAGACUAUGGAAUAGCAAGAUCUGUGGAACAACAAGGCCAAAGGAGCAGGCGGAAGAACAGAGAGACCUGGAAAAAGGCCCAGGUUAGAUGAGUUACAGACCCAUUUAGGAUUUGAUGUAGACAAAUUUUGAUGCCAAUGAAAGUUGUUACUU